CAAUGGUUACAAGAUCCAGCCCUGUGCUGAAACACACAGCAAGGAGCACAACAAAGAGGGAGCUGCAGCUGGACAUGGCAUGUAUACAAGGCUGGCUCGCACAGAUGAAGCCCUAGUUCCCUCUUCCCCUACAGACCCACAUCUGCACUUCAAUCUUCUAUUUGGAUGCAUCAUUGGAUACUUAUUGUAACCCCGACAUGUGGUCCUCUCCCCCAGACUUCUAAACUUGUGUGGAGGCCCCUGGCUUGUGUCUGCGUAAGGAGAUGCUUUUGUUGCUGCCAUUGUGGAUGCUUUUUAACCCUAAACCCAAAGAUAUAUAAAAAGGAACAACUUGGGAAACUUCACUUAAAAGAAACAAACAAAACUUUGUAAACGUUCGGAUUCUGUUGCAAUAGUGCUGGUUCCCUACCUGAAGAUAAUAUGCAUGUCUCAUUGGCAGAGGCCUUGGAGGUACGGGGAGGGCCAUUACAGGAAGAAGAAUUAUGGGCUGUACUGAGCCAAAGUGCCGAAAGCCUGCAAGAGCUAUUGAGAAAAGCUGAUCCUUCAGCACUUGGUUUUAUCAUCUCCCCGUGGUCUCUUCUGUUGCUGCCCUCUGGAAGUGUCUCAUUUACAGAUGAAAAUGUUUCCAAUCAGGACCUUCGUGCCUUUACAGCUCCUGAAGUUCAUCAGACCAAGUCGUUGACCUCACUUACCGAUGUUGAGAAGAUUCAUAUUUAUUCCCUUGGGAUGACCUUGUACUGGGGAGCAGAUUACGAAGUACCUCAAAGUCAGCCUAUACAACUUGGGGAACGUAUAAACAGCAUUUUGCUUUCAAUGUGUGAAGAUCACUGCUACACACGGCUGUCUACCCGCACUGUUUUGGAUGGCUGUAGCGCUCAUGUCAGAAAUAGCAACUGUGCGCCAUCGUUUUACUACAUCAAGCAGCUAGUGAAAUUGGUUCUUGGCAGUCUGUCUGGGAUUGACCAGCUUGCCAAAAAAGCAAAUGAACCAGAUCGCAGUCAGGCAAUUCGUGACCGACUGAGAGGAAAAGGUCUUCCCACAGGAAAUAUUUCAGCAUCGGAUAUAUUUAGUAUUCACUCGUCUAAUAGCUCACUGCAAUCUGCCCUCAACAAAGGCCUUAGCAAAUCCAUGGGAUUUCUUGCAUUCAAAGAUCAGCAGAUUGAUGAGGAUUCCUGUCUCUGCACUUCAUCAGACUACAAUUCUGGAUAUGAGGAUGGGAUGAACUCUGUUCACUCCUAUAACCAGCUUAGGGCUAAUGAAUUGGAAACAAAACAUUUUAACAGUGGCCAAAGGCAAAAAUAUUGGGUUUCUUCCUUUGAUUUAAGUUCAUCAGUUGACAAGAGUGCAGGACAUCCUUGCUUCUCAGAAACAACAAACAUGCGGACUACACCCACCUCUAAGGUCAACAAUUCCAGACAGUCAGAUGGAGUAUUGGAUCCUUUUAGCUAUCAGAAACUGGAGCAGGCACGACAUGGACCAAAAGUGCCAACUUCUGUUGCAAUUUCAAGUGCCUUGGAUAGGAUUAGAGAAAAGCAGAAGAAACUACAAGUACUGAGAGAUGCAAUGAGCUUAGAAGAGACAGCUAGAGUACCCAGAACUUCACACAGUGAUGCCUACAGCACAUCUAGUGAAAGCCCCUCUAUCUUAUCUUCUGAUGCAGAGUGUAGGCAAGGAAGAAGAAUUGAAGCAUAUAAAAGAUAUGACUCAUUAGCGAUCACUGCAGGAGGGGAAGAAGCAAAUCAGUCUUCUGGAUCAAGCCAACAAUAUGAAGCCACAACAGACACAGCCAAUAUCAGUCAAGAAAUGCGAAAACGACAAGAGGAGGACAUGCUCCAAAUGCAAGCAAAAAUGGCGCUACGACAUUCAAGGAUGAAUCUGUACCAAGGUGACAUGCCACGAGCCUCCAUGUUGGACCUUUCAAGAGAUCCGCUGAGAGAUAUGGCCUUGGAAACAGCUAUGACACAAAGAAAACUGAGGAAUUUUUUUGGGCCAGAAUUUGUAAAAAUGACAGUGGAACCAUAUAUCAUACUGGAUCUUCCAAGAUCAAUCUUGGCUAAGAAGGGAAAGACGGAAGAGAAUCGACGGAAAGUGAACAUCAUUUUGCUUAACGGACAAAGGCUUGAGCUGACAUGUGACACCAAGUCUACGUGUAAAGAUGUGUUUGAUAUGGUUGUGGCCCAUAUUGGACUAGUUGAGCAUCACUUGUUUGGUUUAGCAAUCCUAAAAGAGCAUGAAUUUUUCUUCAUUGAUCUUGAUCUGAAACUGUCUAAAGUAGCUCCAGAAGGUUGGAAAGAAGAUGCAAAGAAAAAAGGAAAAUCUGCUGUAAAUUUCACAGUGUACUUCCGGGUUAAAUUUUUUGUGGAUGACAUUAGCCUUAUACAACACAGCCUUACGUGCCACCAGUACUACUUGCAGCAACGGAAGGAUAUCUUAGAUGAGCGAUUGCGUUGUGAUGAUGAGACCACUUUGCUCCUGGCGUCCCUGGCACUCCAAGCAGAAUAUGGGGACUACCAAACAGAGGUUCAUGGUAUGAGCUAUUUUAAAUUGGAACAUUACUUGCCUGAUAGAGUGGUCGAGAAAUUGGAUCUAUCCUACCUAAAAGAAGAGUUGCCCAGGUUACACAGUACCUAUGCAGGAGCCUUGGAAAAGGAAACUGAGUUGGAAUUCCUUAAGGUGUGCCAAAGGCUCACAGAGUAUGGAGUACAUUUUCAUCGAGUGCAUCCUGAAAAGAAGUCUCAGACUGGUAUCCUCCUUGGGGUGUGUCCUAAGGGAGUGCUCAUAUUUGAAGUUCACAAUGGGAUACGGUCUCCAGUCCUCCGGUUUCCAUGGAGAGAAACAAAGAAAAUCUCCUUCGCUAAGAAGAAAAUAUGUUUGCAAAACACAUCAGACGGCAUAAAACAUGUAUUCCAAACGGACAGCGGCAAAAUCUGCCAAUACCUUCUCCACCUCUGCUCUUCUCAGCACAAGUUCCAAUUACAAAUGAGGGCCAGACAGAGCAGUCAGGAAAAUCAGGAGAUUGAGAAAGCUUCAUUGAGGGGCCUGAAUAUCCAUACAGAAUCAAUGAGAGGAUACAGUUUGGGUCGAGCUAUCAGCUCAACUAGUCUGGCAAGCAGUACGUUCAACAGGAUGGCAGUGCGACCUGUAUCCAUUCAACCUGACCUUCUAAAGAGACUUUCUUGCUCUGACCUGUCAGCACUUCAAGUCCACCUUAGCGGUGGACCAAAGGAAAGAAUACAGAAAAGCCCUUGGGACAACAGGCCACGUGUUAUAAGCAAAUCUUAUCAUGACCUGAGUCAAGUCUCUUUAUCUCCUCGACAUAGAAAUGCUAAUGCCAGAAUGGACAGCCCUUCUCAUAACAUGGAGGAAUUAGGGAGCCAAGCAUCAUUUCAUCAAAUGACCAAGUCUGACACUGAGUCGGUGUCUGGAUAUGGGAAGCUAAAUAACUGCAAAAUCUUCACUGGAGUUGAUCGGAACCUUGACUUGAGGAAACCUGAAUCCGAUUCUUCAUCAAUGGAUGACAGUGGUCACGCGUAUGUUGUAGGUGUCAGUAUGCACAGUCCUGGCAAUACUUCAUCCCCCAUUCCCUACAACGGAAAUGAAAUCCUGCACAGUAAACUUAACGCAGCAGCUAUGCCAGAGAGAGAGCUCACUCUGGUGAAGCUAAAGAAAGAUCCAAAGUAUGAUCUGGGUUUCCAGAUUGUGGGAGGAGAAGCAACAGGCAAAUUAGGCCAUGGCAUAUUUGUUAGCUCUAUAACACCUGGUGGACCAGCUGAUGUUGAUGGGCGUUUGAAACCAGGUGAUCGUCUCAUAUCUGUGAAUAAUGUUAGUCUGGAAGUUGCCAGUCAACAAGCAGCAUUGGAAAUUCUUCAGAAUUUCUCAGAUGACGUCACGUUGCUUGUGUCGCAACCAAAGGAAAAAACAGUAAAAGCAAACUUACUAAAUGGUGCUAAAAGCCCGUCAUGGAGAACAUUUCCUCCACAAGAGAAUGAGGCAGAGUCUUCAUCAGAAGAACAGACCAGGUUACGUGGGCACCAACGACUGAUAUCUGGCAGCUCCUCAGGAAUGUCUGCUGGUAAACGAGAUGGAAGUUUGAGUUCCCAGGACUCCAGGACAGAGAGUGCAAGUCUCUCAAAUAGUCACAUUAAUGGCCUCAUUAAUAACCUUGCCAAAGACCAGACGACCCUUCCUGCCAGGAGAUCUUUAUCAGGAAGUACUAAAUCCAGUGACAGAAAAUGGGCACAAGCCGAUAGUAUCAAAGCAAAAGGAAAUCAGCCAGAUCUAUCAGAAUCCAUAGAUUAUUCUGACAGGGGUGACUCCGACAUGGAUGAAGCCACAUACUCAAGUAGCCAGGAACAAAGGACAGUCAAGAAGGAUUGUUCAUCAGAAAAUUCUUUACAGAAACCAAAUGGUACCAAGCUUAAUGUUACCUCCUUGAAACCUGGAGAUAUAUUUACUGUAUUGUUGCCCAAGAAAGAUGACAGCUUGGGGAUAAGUGUCACGGGUGGUGUAAAUACAAGUGUAAAACACGGAGGCAUUUAUGUGAAAGCAGUCAUACCAAAUGGUGCAGCUGAGGCUGAUGGGAGAAUUCAAAAAGGUGACCGCGUCCUUUCUGUCAAUGGGACAAGUUUGGAAGGCGCAACUCAUAAACAGGCUGUGGAAACAUUAAGAAAUACAGGGCAGGUCGUAACUCUGUUACUACAAAAAGGCCAGUUGCCAGCUACUAAUUUACAUGCCCCAGUUACCCCCCAGUGUACGCCUCCUAAUCAGUCUGAGCCAGACAGGUCACAGGAAAAGGGGGAAAAAAUAGCAGAGUCCAGUUUUGUCACUGAAGAAAAUAUGUUUGAAGUCAAAUUAUUGAAGAACAGUUCAGGCUUGGGGUUCAGCUUUUCACGGGAAGAGAACAUCAUUCCAGAUCAGGGGUCAAGUAUUGUGAGAGUAAAAAAAUUAUUCCCAGGCCAACCAGCGUCUGAAAGUGGCAAAAUAACCGUAGGGGAUGUGAUCCUCAAAGUGAAUGGGGCCUCGUUAAAAGGUUUAUCACAGCAGGAAGUUGUCUCUGCUUUGAGAGGCAGUUCUCCAGAGGUCACCUUGCUGAUGUGCCGGCCUCCUGUUGGGGUAUUACCAGAGAUCAACCCUUCGUUUAUGACACCAUUAAAUUCCCCUCAGCAGUCAUUCCUAGAGGAGAGCAGAUCUUGUACUAAUGCCAGUGAAUUGGAGAACGAUGACAGCUCUGAUGAAAAUGAAGAACUGAUGGACAGAAGUCGGAGGCGACUAAAGAAUCCGUCGAGAAGAGAUAGCUAUAGUGACAGCAGUGGGUCUGGGGAAGAAGAUUUUUUACCUACACAAGAUGAGAUGUCAGGCUGGGACACAGAACUAAACCAAACUCCAGGCACACCAAGCAUCCAGGAAGAGACCAUUCGUACCAGCUUUUAUACACCACAGGAGUCCCCAAGCAAGCCAGAAUUUGAUGAUAGCAAUCCUCCUUCUCCUAUUCCAAAUGAUCUGACACCAUUCCAGAGUGGAAAUAUUUCUCAGAUCUCCCUUACAGAAACCUACCUUACAAAGUCAAAGUCCUUCCUAGAGGACAAUUUAUCCUUGAGGAAUUUGGGAUUAAAAGACUUGGAGGAGUUUGAACCAGAAGUUGAGCUGCAUGUCACUCUGACAAAAUCAGAGAAAGGAAGUCUGGGUUUCACAGUGACCAAAGCAAAUGAUUGUGUUGGUUGCUAUGUGCAUGACAUUAUUCAGGAUCCUGCCAAGAGUGACGGACGCCUACAGCCAGGAGAUAGACUUAUUAAAGUUAACAAUGUUGAUGUCACAAACAUGAGUCACACAGAAGCGGUAAAUUUACUAAGAGCAGCGCCGAAAACUGUGCGUCUCGUACUAGGCCGCGUACUUGAGAUCCCUAAACCACAAGUGCCUUCUCAUCUUCUCCCUGAGAUUACACUUUCAUGUAGCAAAAGAGAGAUGGGCCUUUGUCUAGCGGGCGGUCAUGACAGCCUUUCACAGGUUGUUUAUAUAGAAGAUAUCAAGCCUGGGUCUGCAGUAGAUCUCGAAGGAAGCCUAAAACCUUUAGACAUUAUUCACUACAUAAAUGGAUCCAGCACAUUAAACAUGACGUUAGUAGAAGCAGAAAGAGCCUUGGAAUUUUCUCUCCCUACCGUGGUCCUGAAAGCUACAAGGGAAGGAAGUCCAGUAAAUCCAAAGAACAUGAACAUUUUAAAUUCAAGUCCAGUAUCUGCCAAAAUGAACGGUUAUUCCAGUAUAGACCAGUUAAGACGAUCAGAAGAAGCUUCUGAUGUUUAUACUCCAGAGGCAGAUAUAGUUCAUGUUGUAAUGGAAAAGCCUGAGUCUGGAGAGUUGGGAUUUUCCUUGGUGGGAGGCGAAUUUGGUAUUUUUGUGAAGUCCGUCAGUCCUGGGGGUGUAGCUGACAGAGAGGGAAGCUUACAGGUUGGAGACAGAUUGCUUCAGGUUAAUGGGGAAAGUAUGAUGGGAGCCACACAAGCAAAAGCUGUGUCCAGUAUCCGAAGUGCUAAGGGACUACUGCAGUUUGAUGUGGCCCGAGAGAUUAUGCCAAGAGAUUCGGCGCCUAAUUUUAUUAAAUGCAAUGGAAAUUUAGAUUUGGAACUUGAUGCCAUUAACCAUGAAGAUGAGGACGAUGAUCAAAACGAUGUGAUCCAGUCGUUGCUUAAUGUUGUACACGAAGAGACACAGAACCUUCUACAAAUGAACAGAAAGAAUGCAGUUUUAGACAAACAGUUUGCAGUGGAUCUCAUUGAUGAAGAUCUAGAAGAGAAGGCUGAGGACACAGACUGUGAUGGUUGUUCAUUACCUGAUGAUUCUCCUGAGUCCGCAAAAUUAAAUGAUAUAAGAUACUGCGCUGAUAAAGCCAGACUUAAAAGUUCACAAUCGGGAGAUCACAUAGGAAGGAAAAAGGAACAAGAACUGACCUGGGAAAGUGAUGACUUAUCACUAGAAUCAUUAAGCAAAGAUAUUCCAGACUGCUUCAUAGUGACAGAUGAAGAACUCUCCUCCCUUCCUCUCGUUCAAGUUAUGCCUUCCGGCAGGUAUUCAGGUUCCCACUUAAAGCAGGUUAUACGAACAAUUCAUGGCAUGCUUGAUCAAGGUGUCCCUUCAGAGGAGUUUGAGAAUCUUCAAGAUUUAAAACCUCUGGAUGAAUGUCUUAUUGGACAAACAAAAGAGAACAAAAAGAAAAACCGAUACAAGAAUAUCCUUCCAUAUGAUGGAACAAGAGUGCCCAUUGGAACAAGCGAAGGAUAUAUCAAUGCAAGUUUUAUCAAGAUUCCAGUUGGCAAUGAGGAAUUUGUUUAUAUUGCAUGCCAGGGACCUCUUCCCUCUACAGUGGCAGACUUUUGGCAGAUGGUAUGGGAACAAAAUUCUAGUGUGAUUUCCAUGAUGACCCAGGAAGUAGAAGGAGAGAAGAUAAAGUGUCAGCGAUACUGGCCUGAUGUACCUGGCAGACCCAUGAGGAUAUACAAACAACUCCAGCUUACACUAUUGAAAACGCAACAAAUGGAGAGCUUUGUAUUAAGAGUUCUAGAGUUACAUAAUAUUUCGACUAAUGAACGGCGGCACAUUGCUCAUCUGAACUUCAUUGCCUGGCCUGACCAUGACACUCCUACUGAUCCUAACCAGCUUCUCACGUUCAUCUCCUACAUGAGACACAUCUAUAAGUCUGGGCCAAUCAUAACACACUGCAGUGCAGGCAUAGGACGAUCAGGCACGCUCAUGUGUAUAGACGUCAUGCUUGGUCUUAUAAGUAGAGAUUUAGAGUUCAACAUCUCAGAUCUAGUGCAAACAAUGAGGCUUCAGAGACAUGGAAUGAUACAAACAGAGGAACAAUACAUUUUCUGCUAUCAAGUUAUCUUAUAUAUCCUGAAACGUCUACAAACUGAUGAUCUUCAUAAAAGCAACUAAAUGAUUCACUGUCCACCAGAGCAAAACUCAUUGUGAAAGUUUUAUUUCUUUAUCCAAAUUUAAAUUGUUUUAUUGAUACAUUUGUUGUAUUUUAUUAUCAUUUAAAAAUGAAAUUGUUUUACACAAUAUUCCCUAACUGGUCAAUUUUACCAGUAAUGCUUAAAAUAACAAGAGCUGCAUUUUAGUAGCUUACUUAUGUCCGUUCAGUUGGUAGGAACUUUACUACAAAAAGGAUGCCAAGUGCAGUUAUUAAACUGUGUUUUUUUUAUAUAUUUUUUUUUUAGUUUUGGGGUUUAGGGAGUGUAAAGACAGUAUUUUAAUACAAUGAAAUUGUUACAAAGACUCUUUGCUUUUGUAAACCCAGUAGGCUUGUAUAUUCGCAGGUACAUUUUCAAAUAUUUUCUAAAGAUGAAUUCAUUUUCAAUGGAAUUCUUGAAAUCGGUAUUUAAAAAAACAAACAUUUAGACAGAUUAUUUCUGUAGACCAAAAAUGUAGUAAAUUUAUUGUAAUUAUUGCAUACAUUUCAUAAUGUUUACUUAUAGAUUUUUAUGUACUAUUUAUAUACUUUUACAAAAAAAAAAAAGAGGAAUCCCAUUUGCCUGGUUUAUUGGGCAUUUUUCUCUACUUUGUAAAUAAAAAGUAAAUUUUAAAA